CAAUGAACAAGAGGCUGGUCUUCAGUCCAUUGAGUUUUUGCGUGGCUCAUUCAAUAUUGCUCGUCUGAUCAUCUACAAACCACAAACCCGCCAGCAUGCCUCUCGUCCAAAAAGAAUUCACCACCCGACCGACCCAUCCUGCUAUCGGCGCAGCUCCCGUUUCACCACCAUGCGAGGGUCAAUGGUACUCGAUAGGCCCCAAGAUCUGGGAGUUACUCCUAAACGGCGAGAGCAACUCAGACCAAAAGUCCGUCCUACAGUGGUACGAACCAGGGGCGGUAUCGGUCACUGACGAAAUCAUCACGCACACGUACAUCGAAGAAGUAUGUUUCAUUGAGGGAGGGCUCGAAGACGUCACACUGGGCCAGGGCUGGACCCAGGGAGCGUAUGCGUACAGAUUGCCCGGUAUGAAGCAUGGCCCUUACAAAGCUUCUUCUCAAGGUUGUCUACAGUUUGUCAAGCUGGUACCGGCUUCCUACAUGUCGAAAGAGUGACCGGGAAUCGGUCAAGUAUAUCAUUACCUUUCCCGCGACAGAACUUGUAAUACAGAAAAUAAAUGGUUUAGAAUAGAUCUAUCUGUGAAGUUGUGGGGUUUUUUACCUUCAAG